AUGAGAAACCAAGUUCGUCGCUUCCUUCCAGAUUCGAUUAAGUUUACACCGGAAGAAGCCGACAAGUUUUGGUUUGACAUGGUGGAUGAUUUGGAGAAGAAAUUAGAUCCUCUUCAGCCUUUAGAAUUAAGACAUACUAUCAAUAUAACACAAUCAAUGCUUACUUUUCUUCACAAACCACGUGGUGAUUGCAGGAAAAAGGUAUUUUCUGUUCUUUUUAGGAUUAGCUUUCACCAACCUGUCUUCAAUUACGUUACUCAAUACGAUGCUAUCAAUUUCUUAACUUGCAUCAUACCAAAACUAGCAACUGAAAAGUUCAUCACAGUAAAUUGGCGCGAAGUACACAAAAUGAUAGACAAUAUCAUUAUAAAGGACUUUUUACUCAAUAUUUCACCGACACAAAAAUCAUUCCACACGGUUUUAGACAACGUAAUGGAAAUAUCUAAGUAUUUCACAGACGAAGCCGAAGACGAAAUCUUCGAAUAUUUCUUACCUCGCGUUUCUCCAACUGGAAGUGCCAAGCAAAUCAUUCUUUUCGCAGUUUUAUUCCCAUCAAAUGCAAAGAAUUACAAACGCGCCGCCAACAUUUUCCUCAAUUUACUACACGAAUCAGAUUGCGAUCCUGUUCGCUAUUUCCUCACAUCAGCAGUAACUCAUUUCGUUCUUUACCACUUCUACGAUGACAACACAAUGUUGUUAGACUACAUUUUCCCUCAAAUUCUCUUACAAACCAUUUGGAAUAACGAACUUAUUUAUUUGUCAUGCCAGCCAAUCAAUUUCGAUAUUUCGAUCGGCGAUGACAUGCAGUACGAAGCUCUGUCACAAUGCAUAUGCUGUUUAUUCCUUUCUCCUCCUUCAAGAAAAGAAACAAUGACUAAAUUAGAUUUAUUUUUCAAAGGAGCGAAGAAACUUGUACAUCCGUCCAAUCUUGACAAUUUCGAUGCUGAUCCAUUGAUUUCCCUUGUUUUCCAGAUCGCAUCUAUUCUUCAUCAGACAGAUAUCCUUCUUGCCGAAGGAAAACCAGGAUUUCCAACCGAAAUCAGACCUUCCAGUGAAGAAUACGAGACAUUCUUUGAACCCUUAGUAUCAACAUGUGUUUACGCAUUAGAACACAUCAGUUCUCCACAUAAUUUCUACAAAUUCAUGGUCAGAAUUUUUGAUUUAUGUCCUCAAUUGGUUCCAAGAUUGUUUAACCUGGCAAAUGAGAUCAUUACUACUAAUGACACAUUGGGCAGUACAUUGAGUGCAUGGAUUAUUCUCACAGCAUCAAUGUACGCCACGCAAUUCAAUGACAAUUUCAUUGAAACACAAAUGAAUUUUGUCAGAAUUGCAAUUGAGAAUUUUUAUAUGGAAGAUUAUCAGUUGUCAUUCGGUAUCUAUUUAACAAUCUUCUUCAGUACAUGCCCUAUUUCCAAGAAGACGAAAUACCCUGAUUACAUCGAUCCAAUUGAAUUAGGACAGGAUUUCUUGAAUUCUUUGAUUCAAUCAUCAACAUAUGAACCAGAAUACAUCGAGAAUUUGUAUAGAUUAGGUUAUACAACACAUUCUCUUUUCUCUUUGAUAUAUUCUUUCCUUUCCGGUACAGAUCAAGAAAUAUUACAUCAUUUUGUCCCAAUUUUAACUGACAUGAUUUGUAAUCCUUCUUUAUUCCAUGUUCCUUUGAAGUUGUUGAAUAUUUUGCAGUGUUUCAGUAUAUUCGCAGCAAAAGAAGAUAUCAAGGAAAUUUACGAUGUCGCCGUUCGCCAGAAUUCCAAAAGAUUGAUUGACUUGCACGAGAUAAGAUUCAUCGCAAUGGCAAUAGCAAUUCUCGGUCGCGAAUCAUCAGAAAAUCCUGAACAAGUCAAAUCUGUUAUUUCUCAAUUUGACAAAUACAGGGAAUCUGAUGACAAAAAGAUCAGAAGAAUCGGAUGGAACGCUGUUGCAACAACAUUAGUUCCUUUCGCACAUGUUAUUUUGACAACGAAAUACAAUGGAAAACCUUUCGAAGAAACAGGAGAAAAGACAAUUUCUGACAUAGUUAUUCCAUUCAAAAACAUGUAUUGCGAGCCAUUGCAAGAAUACAAGAUCUAUCCAGAGUUGAUUGAUGAAGUAUUCAUUCCUUAUUUCCAUAAAAUUUUGGAAGAAUCCGAUUUCAAUGUUGUCGCAUCAAUGCUCAAACCUUUCUACAAAUCUUGCAUGCUUGUUCUUCAAAAAUCUGAUAUUAUAGUUAGCGAUGAUUACUCUACAUUCCCUAAGCCAUUCUCUAACUCUGAAAAGAUGAAACAAGGAAGAAAAAUACCAAUGAAAUUCAUGUCAGAAAUAACUGAUAUGUGCUUAAAAUUACAUGAAAAAUUCCCUGAUAACCAGAUCAUUACUACAUGUAUUUCUAAUCUAAUGAUUUCUUUGACAGGAUACUUAGGAACUAACCUCUCUAUUUUCAAUGGUUUGAACUCGAUCUUCCUUCUUGAAUCAAGAAAGAAAGUAGCAAAUAGAAUUUUGACAGGUGAAUUAGUGACACUUUUCUAUCAAAAGAGAUUGAAUUGCGCAUUGAGACCAAUUCCUCCUAGAUUUGAUGAGAUAUUCAACGCGUUUUUGGACAUCGCUUUCACUAAAAACGAAUCUGUCCAGAUAAUUGGUUUGUCCGUUGUCGAUGUUUUCUUCGACAAAUACAUGCCAAUCGCGUGGAAUUUCUUCUCAAAGAAAUUAGAAACUGUUAAUACAAUAACCGAUCAAUUUGUCAAUUUCUAUCGUUCCAUUGGUAGUUUCACAACAUGCCAUCCAUGCAUGCACAAGCAAAUGCUGAUGACAUUACAGCCACUCACUGAUUUAGUUCGCGAUCAAAGCGAAAUGAUUUUGAAGAUACAAGUCAUGGAUGAUGCUUUGAGCACAAAUUGGACAAAUGUUCCUGGAAGCGAAGACCAAAAGAAAUGGAUUGAAUUCUCAAAUCAAUUGUCUAAAGUUGUUGAAGAGAAUUACCGCGAAGAAUCAACAUUCGAAUUAAUUGCUCUUGCUUUAAUUUUGAUGACAAUCAAACACACUGAUGAUUUGCCAAGACCUCUGUUUUCUUUCUGUAUCUACAUGGCACAAAACGAGUCUUAUAAAAACACUGUUGUUGCUAUCUCUGUGUUGACUGAAAUUCUCAAGAGAAGAAUGAAAUACACAGUAGAAACAAUAGAUACAUCAAAGGUUGUUCCUCUUUCUGAACAGUGCAAAUACGUCAUCAAAGAAAUCAAAGGAACAACUCCAGAAGACUUUUUGCCUGCAGCAGAAAAUGAUUUUACUUUUGACCAAGUUGAAGCAUACGACAAAUAUUGGACAGGAUAUUACGCAGUACCUAAAUCAUACAGCUACAAGAAGAUAACUGAGUAUUACCAAGACGAUGAACUUCUUGAAGCAUUCCCUGAUAUUACAGAGGUCCUAGUAAACAUGAUUGAUGAUGAUUUCGAUACUUCAACAGUUGAUAUGUUCUUUGGAACAAUUGCUCAUACAAUGGGACCACAAAUUAUCGAACCAUUGUCGAAAUGGCUUGACGAAGCAAUUGAAACAAUUGAAGAGCCAACAAUUUGGUCACAAUUAGUCAGUGUUGUCUCAGAAAUGAUUGUUGCAACGAAACAUUGGAGUGCCAAAGAUUCACAGAGAUUUUCACGCGAAAUCACACUGAAAAUCCUUGUUAAAACACUUGACAAACCAUCUUUGUUUGAUGAAUUCAUUGAUAUAACAGGUGAAUUCCAUUUCUUGCAUCCUGUAAGAUAUUCUCCAAUAAUUAAUUAUCUCCUUUCCGCGGCAUCUCCUGAUCCAAAUGCUCCGACAUUUAGAAAGAGAGCAUUGACUUGUUUAUUCAAUUUGAUAUCAGCAAGACCGAUGUCUUUCAUUCCUCUUUUCCCAGUGAUUUUCAACAACUUUGUUAAACCACUUUUGGAAAGUUACGAAGAAAAUCAAUCGGAUCUUGUUGGACAAACACUUAACAUCAUUUGUGAUUAUGUUUCUGUUUUCUUAGUUCCUGAAUCAUCUCCUUUCUAUUCUCCAGAAAAUAAGAGCAACAUCAAGAUGAUAAUUGACUUCUUAGACGGUGUUUUCAAACAAGCAGGUGAAUCUAAGAAGACAGAAAAACUUCUGGAGAAUUGGUGGGAUCAAGCAUCAAAGAUAACUCCUUCUGUUUUGUUGACAAUAUUCCCAAUCUUUGAAAACAAUGUUCAGAAGUUGCUGAGAUUGAUUUCGACUUCUAACUCUGAUCAGAAGACAGCAAUGAUCAAUUCCUUGCAUGAUAUAACUGAAUCUCCUGCUUUCACGACAAAUAAUGAUAGAUUUAUUGAAUUUUUGACUUCAAUUAUCUCGAAUUUGUCUAUUUUGUCAUCAACUGUCCAGAAUAGAGUAUUAAACUCAACGAGAGCUUUCUUGAGGUUCUCGACAUUCUCGACAAGUCAGGAAGCUUUGAUCAAAGCACGCGACGAAAUCAAAAAGAUUGUUGUUUCAAUUCAGAAUCCAACAGUUAAAGUGUCAAUGCUAAAUACAUAUGGAGUUUUGCUCAGAGAAACAAAUACUGAGCCAAAGGAUAUCCUUGAUAAAUGCGCAAUAGUUCUAACUGCGCUUUUACUUGAUGAAAGGGAACCAUUAACAGAAAAGUGCUUCGAAGAAAUAGAGAACGCUUUAGUUUCUUGUUCUCAGAUUGAAGAAGUAAUGUAUAAACAAGUUAUUGAAAUGUUUUGGACAACGCAUGAGGAGCAGUUAUCCCCAUCUGUCCUUGAGCCUCUUGAUAAGUAUAGAACACUUGCACCUCCUUCUUAUAUUUCAUAA